CCCGGUGGGGUCAGGGCUCCGUCCCCCUCGCCUUGAGCUGUCCGUCCGCAGGGUGACCAUGAAGGUGGUGAACCUGAAGCAGGCCAUUCUGCAGGCCUGGAAGGAGCGCUGGAGCGACUAUCAAUGGGCCAUAAACAUGAAGCGGUUCUUCCCCCGCGGAGCCACCUGGGACAUCCUCAACUUGGCAGAGGCUCUCCUGGAGCAGGCCAUGAUCGGGCCAUCCCCAAACCCACUCAUCUUGUCCUACCUGAAAUAUGCCAUCAGCUCCCAGAUGGUGUCUUAUUCCACGGUGCUGAUGGCCAUCAGCAAGGUACGGCGCUGGCAGGUGCUCUCAGAGGUUUCACUCUUUACCCACAAGCCCACGAAUCCCUUUCCCUCCCCACAACUCCCACCAAAUAUAGGUCAAGUGGAAAGCGACGUCCUGGGCUGAGUCAGCAGCGGGCAGCCAGCGCGGAUUAGCGCCCGAGCCUUUCUGUGUCCCCCUGGGGAUGGGCUGCCGUGGGUCCCAGCGGGUUUUGGGGGUGUGAGUGCCUGGUCUCUCUGCCCUGGGGGGCCUGGCAGGCUCCCGGCCUGCGUGUAACCCCAUCCCAGGCGCCGGAAACCACAUCCCGCUGCGGCCGGCGGUGCUGGCAGCGCUGUGGGGAUCGGAGCUGGCCGUGGAGGAGCUGCCAGGGCCUGGGCCAUGCGCCUGCAGCCACACACCACGCUCAGCUGUGGCUUCCCACGGGUGCUCUGUGUCCCUGUGCUGCUUCCACGGGGACAUUGAGCACCCUCCAUAGCUGCCUCUGCUUGGUGUUGGGAAGCCCCUCACAGACUGUGACAGAUCCCCCGACUCUCCUCCUUGUCAGGGUCACCUCAGGCGCCCUACUCAGGGUGACCAAAGGAGGAAUGAUGUCAGGGGGAAUGAUUUCUCUUCCCCCACCUCUUUGUUGUUACGGGAAUGGGAGGAGAACGCCGCUGGCAGUCAGCGUUGAAAAUUUUGGGGAACUGCAGGCUGAGCUCGGAGUUGUGCCUUGAAGCCCUGGCGAGGUGGGGGCCCCUCCAGCGGUCCCAGCACCGACCCGGAGGGGAGGCUAGAGCCGAGCCCAGCCCAGCUCUGCUCCGAAGGGCUCAUUGCUGUUACCGGGAGCCGCGUCGCUGGCCGUUCGGAGGGGCGGGCACAGCGCUGACCUUGACAGCCGAGCCUUCCUCCUUCAGCGCAGCGUGGGCCCAGCGCGGAGCUGCGGGCAAGCUCCGGCCCGGCGGGGCUCCCCAUCUGCUCCGGGAGGAGGCGGGGGGGCCGCG